AAAUCUUUCCCUUUUGAUUAUAGCAAAAUAUAGAAACUAAAUUAAAGGCUAAUAUUAUUCACAAACUCUGCUGAAAAACUACAUCAGCAACACACCCAAAAUGGAAGCCUCGGCUGCACUCAGCAGUAGAGGAAUUCCUGUUGUAAAGUUUCAAUGUUUUUCACAUAAUACUUUCAAUGGAACAAGGGCAAUGCAGGUUUUAUCUAUGGCCUCUAAGAAAUCCAACUCGUCAUCAUCCACCAAAACCACUGGCUCUAAAAAGGGUAAUCCGGUGAAGCUGCUGACGCGGGUGGAGCAGCUGAGACUGCUGACAAAGGCAGAGAAAGCAGGGUUACUUUCAGCAGCAGAGAAAGCAGGAUUGUCAUUAACAACAAUAGAGGAACUAGGUCUGCUGUCAAAGGCUGAAGAGUUGGGUGUAUUAUCAGCAGCAACAAACCCGGAAACCCCAACAACCCUUUUUACGCUUAGCCUGGGGCUCUUACUUCUUGGCCCUGCUUUCGUUUUUCUGGUACCUGAGGAUCACACCUGGGAGAUAGCUGUCCAGGUUUUGGUUGCACUGCUUAGUGUUGUCGGAGGAUCUGCAGCUUUUGCUGCUUCGAAUCUUGUAGCAAACCUACAGAAUGUCGAAUAAUUUUUGCUGGAGAAAUAAUAUAUGCUCUUUAUUUGCGUAUUUA